CCGGCACCUCCAAGCAACAAGUUACACCCCUCCCAUCUUUUUCACACAACACAUCCAAACGCACACUCCUGUCCUUUACCAUUCCAACACUCUCCCUUUCUCACUCAGCGCAAGCUGGUCUCCUCCUCACCUCAACCUCUCUCCCUCCUUCCAUCCAUCCCUGAAGUCCUCUCCCUCCCAAGCAGCUACCAAGAAAUCCUCUCCAAAGCUAGCUCCACCCCAAUUUCUUAUAGCCAACCAACAACAGAUUCAAGCAAACCGUAUUUCCCUCUCCCCAUCCAGCGAGCCACGAAGCGGCAGCAAAUAUAUCACACAAGCACUUGCUCUUUGCAAGUUACUAGAAGAAGUACACGGCUGGCCGGAGAGGAGAGAUCAUCAAUGGAGCUGUUCCCUUCACACCCGGACCUGCAGCUCCAGCUCCAGAUCAGCCCUCCUCACCCUCCCACCAAGCCAAUGGACCUAGGGUUUUGGAAGCGGGCUCUAGACACCACCGCCAACACUACCCCAGCAACCAUCAGCACUUCUUCUCCGCCCAUGGCCAGGACUACUACUACCACAUACCCCUCCGCGCCGUCAGCCGGCGUCGGCGGCUUCCACCCGGCGGCGUCCACGGCCCAACUCGGCGGUGGGCUGCAGUUCCUGCAGCACACGCAGCCCAUCCUCCACGAGGCCCAGGCGGACCUGGCCUCCACGAUGAGGCCCAUCCGGGGCAUCCCCGUGUACAACACGGUCUCGCCGUCGUCGUUCCCCUCCUUCCUCCAGAGCCAGCUCCAUCACCACAACCUCGCCCACGUGCAGCAUCAGCAUUGCUACGUUGACGCGAUCAUCGGCGCCGGUGGCGGCGCGGCCGGGCCGAGGUCGCCCGGCAAGGUCUCCGGCGUCGGCAUCGGCGUCGGCGCCGCAGCGCUGCGGCCGGCCAAGCGGGGUUCGCGCGCGCCGAGGAUGCGCUGGACCACGUCGCUGCAUGCCCGCUUCGUGCACGCCGUCGAGCUGCUCGGAGGCCAUGAGAGAGCAACACCCAAGUCAGUUCUCGAGCUAAUGGACGUGAAGGAUCUAACCUUAGCCCAUGUCAAGUCUCACUUGCAGAUGUACCGGACCAUCAAGACCACUGAUCACAAGACAGCUGCGACAUCCUACGGACAAGCUAAAACAAUCAUAGAGAUUGCAGAUGACAGCUACUUUGACAUCACCAACACCAGUGGCUCCGAGUCUUCGGUUCAGCAAUCAAAUCUUGAUGGCAACGAGCAUGGAUCCAACAUGUGCGCUCUCUGGAGCAACAACUCUUCGAGCAGAGGGGCCUGGUUCCAAGGCAAAUCAAGAGAUGCCAACCACGGCGACAUCAAAUCCUUCGAGGACGUGCAACCUCAGAGCCCCGAUGAUGAUGCCUCCGAUAUGAACUCGCCGCCAUUCCGGCUGUCGGAGUUGUUCCUCGGUGCCAAGAAACCCAACCUCGACUUCACCCUUGGACGAAUGUAGUAACCCGGGCGUCCUACGCCGUUUGUCGAUCGGUCGAUCGGUGGAGAUCAAUCGAUUCGAUUCCUAAACGAAGAGAUCUUGGUAGCUCUAUAGCUGUAUGGGCAUACUUGUGUGGCGCCCGCCCCAUAUGCACGUACAUGGUACGAAGCGGAGGGAGGGGAACACCAAAGGUAGAAGAUUGAGAAAGCAAAAGACGCUGGCCGGCCGGCCGGGGGGGCAUUAAAGAAUAAGACGAGACAACCGUUGAUCUAGGAACAAAGCGCAAAAGGGGAGCUGCGGAAGGGGAGAGCUGAGAGACGACAUCCAUGGGUGCGUGCGUGGUAGAGAGAUAGGACGAUAGGCUUUAUCAAAGGCAGGAGCAUGUAAGAGGUAGUCGUAGCUUGCUUCUGCCUCACACCUGCAUGUAUGAUCCAGGAGAGAAUGUAUAUGCGUGGAUGGUGCCUAGCUAGGUGCGGAGAAAGGUUUCAACUUUUGUUGUGCCGCGAGAAAGGCGUAAAGAGAGAGGUACGUGUGUGUUACAUAUAUAUGUGUAUGGACCAUCCAUGCUUGAUGCAUGGAUCGAUGAGUCUUGCCUGCUUUUAGUUGCUAUCUCCUGAGCUUGGAAUAGAUUCUAUGUAUCCAUGUGGAUUGGACUCUAUGUAUAAUUGGUGCAUGUCGAUCUGGUUGGAUUUGCAGUC